CGUCAAUUCAGCAAAAACACCACCUUUGCAAUGGCUUCAGAGCCCCCCUCUACACCACCUGGCCAGCGGUUCAAGAACCCUGAUCUUACCCGCGAUGAGCGGCUUCAAGUUCAAAUACUCCGCAAUCUUGGCAUGUCGUACGAGCAAAUCGUUGCACAACUUGGGCUUACCUACAACCAAGUUGGACAUGCUUGCCGCGCUCCAAAUAUUACACCUGUCACGGGAUUCCCCGUUCCUUGUUCGAAUGGUUAUGUCGUAUGCUUGCGGUUAUGCAUACGUCAUGGGGUUUGAUCAUACGUCUAUGGUCAUGCUUACGCAUAGGCCUCUGCUCCAGUACUUAAGGUCUGGUUGCACGCCCAUUCCUGUCAUCUAGCUCUUGCUCUUGUUGUAGCAAUAUCGAUCUUGUAUGUGCGAGCUGACCAGACCUUGAGUGGUGCCCGUCACAACACCAAAGAAACGUUCUGGUCGACCUAGCCUUCUCAAUCCUGAG